CUGCCUUCACAUGGCACUCUGAAACUACAAUGACCAAAUCCUAGACAACCUCCUUUGUCUUUCGCCGCCUUGUCGAGCGCUGAUAUGGAGUCCGCCGCCCCAAGCUAUGGUACACCUACGCCUCGUACAAUGCCGCCUUCCAACCCGUCGCUCGACGAUACCUUAGAAUCAGUAUUAAACAACUACGUCAAGACAUUGCUUGAUGCAGUUAGAGAUUUGAGUGACACUGUCAAGCAAACCAGGCUAUCGGACUAUCUCAUCAAUCCAGCCGGACUUGUUGACAAUCCCGUUCUUCGAUCCAUCAUCGAUGCCCACCUAAAAACACUCAGGCCACUUCCAGCAGUUACCUCAUUCGUUUGGGACUUGUCUUCCGUACCCCCUGCUGUCCGCUCAAGCCCCGGGUUCCAGUUUUUGUUUACCAUGGGGUGCAAGUAUUGGCCUCCAAGAUGUAAUGCAAUUCCCAAAGAUCCUUCCCUGCCCGAUUUGACGAAUAUCGGGGAACCGGCGAAUGUUAGGGACCUUCAAAUGGUGCUACCGAGUAUGGGACACGUAGGAAACUUUGAAAACCUUCGGGGUUUUGUGCAGUCCUUCUUUGAAAUAUGGCAAAAGAACGGAUGCCGGGGUUAUGCCUCGACUACAAUUCCCAUCCCUCUGGUCUGCGGCGGUCCAGGAACAGGCAAAACACAUUUCUGCAGGAUGGCGAUCCGCAAAUUCCUCGAUAACGAUAUCGAAGCUGGUGACGACGAUCCAUUCAAAAUAGCAUGUGCCUUCAGUGCCCAGAAAAACUUGCACAUAGAGCUGUCGUUCCGUGAUGGCUUGAUUGAUGGAGAAACUGCAUGUCCAGAGGGGUCGCUUUGCUUACGAAUUGCCUACGAAAUAUUCAAGGGCUUUACUCCCUUCCGAUGCCAAUACCCGACAUCCCACGAGUUUCUAUCGGCUUUCCUGUCCGGUUCGUCUUCCCCUGCAAGUCACCUUUCCUUGUUGGAUCUACGAUACUUUUUGAGGGCACGAUUAGCCCUAGCAUCAAAUGACACGAUUAUAUUUGUUCACCUUGACGAAAUAGAACGGAUAUUCGAAGGAUCAAAUAAACAGGAGAGUAUUGCCUAUUUCCAAGGAAUCCUUGACAGUUUCGAAGACUUUAAUCAGUGGCGCUCCCGUGUCGUCUUUUGCACCUUAUUCUCGGGCACAGGGCCGGCGCCGAUUGUGGCAGCUAUCAAGACCUGGGAAUGCUGUUGCGGCUGUCCUUUUCUUAUCAACCUCGACCCGAUUACUCCGAAGGAAUACUGUCAAGGGCUAAGCGACUUUUUAUCGAUGCAGAUAGGGCAUGAUUCUAAACCUCCUCCGUUCAAGGCUUCGGAGAUUUCCAAAGGCGUGCAGGGAACUUUGAUGGACAUCGAAGGCGUCCCGAAAUUAUUCAUUGCUCUUCUUCAUGUGCUAUCAUGCCUCAAAGGACCGCAGUUUGUUAGCCCCCCGAGUGCCCAGUUUCUGGAUUGGUCAAUCAACCGCCAAAGGAUUAGAGACGCCGUAGAAGACUCGUCACUCUCUACAAGCACAAUCCUCAAGGCCCUUCAUACAUGCAUCACGGAUUCGAAUAUUCUUCCUUCUUGGAUUGCAAGCGAUGACGCCAAUAUCAGUAUGAUUUGGUGUUACACUAUUACUGACACUCCUACCUCGCCUGAGUCAAGGCUCGACGGUCGAAAUGAAGAUUCUCCAACCUUUUCUGAACUGGAACAUGAUGGGAAGGUAGUAUUGCGUCGUUUACCACUUUAUGUCCAGGGCAGAGGUUUUCACCGUGAUUCCGGCCCUCUAUAUUGGCAAGAGGUCGAAGAAUUUGAUGGGACUUGGCUGUUAUGCAGGCUCAAGGCAUUCCAAGACGAGAAGUGGCCGAGUCAGCCGCUUCAGGAUUUUCUGUCCAUGGAAUCUUCGUGCCGACAAGCAGAUAGCCUCAUUAGUCUGAGCGGGCCAAUCGACGAUUCCCUCGAACAGCUCGAAACUAAGCCGCAUGAUAUGGUCAAUAAAUGUCGUCGACUCGGGAAGACAGGAUGUUUUGGAUGGAAGAAUGUUCUCGGUGUGGGAGGCUGGGAUUGGGCAUUGAGCUUACCUUUGGUCGAUGCUGGUCGGCUGCUCCUCGUGGGUAAGAGGAUGGAAGGGAGUCUUCAUCCGUCGCGUAUCGAAGCAGAGCUCAAAAAGGCUACUGCAACAUGGUUCCGGACUGGAAUGAGAGUAGGUCAUUUCGUUGUCCUGACUGACGGAGUGUUUGAAGGGACACUUUCUGCUAAUGUCAAGAAGAUGGCUAGCAUUGUGGAUCGUACAACGAUGGAUAAGUUCUUUGGGAAAAUCAUGGCUGCUAGAUUACAAGCGGUUUCUGAUUUUCGAGCAUCUGUAUAGUAGUAUGUUUAUGUCCUAGCAAUAACAUGAAAUAUACUUAGCUGUAGUGCAC